GGUAAGCAUCCACGAAAAGCAAGUUCAUUAAAGUCCGUACAUAAAAAGAUUGGGUAAUUAAAAAUUGAUAUACCCGAAAUAUUGACAUACACUAAUCAAAUCAAAGAAGCUACAAGAGAUUAAUCUAUCAUAAUGCACAUAGCAAUCAAAUCUUGAUAAGUUGCUACUGAAUUCAAUCAAGGUUCUCAACUUAAAUUGUGAUAAGAUAUUAUUGGCCGGGGGCGGUCUACUUGUUGUCUCUCUCAGGCUAAGUCUCACCCCUUCCCUCCUCUCGCUUUCUCUCCUCACGUUGUAAAUAAGCACCCAAAAACCUCACUUUCGACGGUCUCCUGAGAUCGAUGGCCACAUGGAAAAGGAAAUGGAGCGACUGCGUGGAGUAACAUGAACCCCACUCACUCCUAAUUAGUGAUGCAAUUUCAACCCGCCCCGCGGGUAUUACCCCCUAAUCAGUGAUGGACGGGUAUUACCCGACCCGUAGUAGCGUGGGGCGGAGUAUGGGUAUCUACUUUCAACCCGCCCCGCCCUGUUCUAGACUAAUUUUAUCUCAAUUUCUUACAAUAUUUAUACAUAUUUCUCCUAUUUUGACUUUUCUUCAACUAGUUAGAGUCGAUCUUUCAACUUGUUAAGCUCAAUUAUCCAUUCUAUUAUCAAUAUUUUUCAUUCUUAAAGUAUUUUUCCCUACGUUUUAUUGUAAAAAGUAAAAUUUACUUGUAUUUUUUUUGAACAACAUGUAAGAGUGGGUCGACCCGCCCCGCCCUGUACCCUCGCGGGUUUUACCCGCCCGACCAUAGUAGCGUAGGACGGGGCAUGGGAAUUGAGGUACCCGUCCCAUCACUACUCUAACGCCACCUCUCUUCUUUUGGGAACCUAAACAUGACAAUUGGGCCUCCAAAUUCAGAUUCCGAGCUAAAUAUUAGCUGGACUUCUCGAACAAAAACCACCACGAGUUCAAACUUUUUUAUGGGCCAAGGCCCAUUCUAAACACUUGGUCGACCCAAAGCUUCAGUCUCAAUUUAGCACCCCAAGUUUUUUUUCUUUUUUUUCCCUUCUAUACUCCUGAGUCCUGUCUCCUAGUGCUGCAAUGGCUGAAACUUUGAAAUUGAAUGGAAAACAUAAUUUAGAGGAAUUUCUGACUCCGCAACCAACGUUAAAACACAAACAAUCUUACCACCUUAAAACUUGUAGAAAAUUUAAAACGUAAAGAAUGAUGGAAAGGGGGGACAAAGAAAAGCGUGCAAAAGGGAGCGACUGAAGCCCACUCAAACAUCUAAAGAGAAGCUGACCAAUUUUGAAAAAACAAACCCAAAGAAUUCUUGCUCCAAGCUGUGUGUGAUCUUUCAGGUAGCUUUCCAGGUUGGUUUAUGAACACUACUACUACAUUCCAAGAACUGCUGCCUUUUUCUUUGAUGACCUUUCGGUUGUUAUAACUAACUCAAAAAAUGCCGUCGUCUCUGCUUUAGCUUUCAGCUUUGCCAGAGCUAUCCGCCACAAAACAAUCACAGACUCACAAGUCAAUCAGUCAUGUCUAUGUGUUGUUGCAAUGUAGCCAUGUAUGAUGACAAAACUUAAUAAGUUUUUAUCACGAAAUGUCUUACUCCAUCCGACUAGGUCGAACAUGAGUUAAAAGAGCUGAGUCGGUGUGCUGAUAACGCUAGAAUUAGAGAAUUAGGGUUCAAGUUUACUCGUUAGUGGUUGGGGUAUAGUUUCAUGUCAUGCACUCAUCUCACUUAAGGUCUAGAUACUGUUUUCUUACUAAGGAUAAACGAUAACAAUACCCUUAAAUUUAUCCUGCUAGCAUACGUUAUGACGUAUAGUAUGCUUAUGCAUUCACUCUUAUUAGAAGUAAUUCGAUGUACUUUAGGCAAAUAUGAAUAUUUGAUUCACCGAUUAGAGGGUAGGAUAAUUCAUUGUCUAUAUAGCGUAUCUCACAACGCAUACGACAAGGUAACUUACGUCGUCAUGCGUAGGCUAAUACUCCAAAUUCCAAACACGUCAUCAAAUCAACCCAACAUCUCGAUCAUCUACUCUACAAAUCCGAUACCAAUAUCUAAAUUUGUGUUGUAAAGAAUAUAAAUUGUCCGUUGUCCCGAUCAAUUACAAACAUCUACCCAAUUGUUUAUAUGGGAAAAUGAUGUUGCUUAUCUUAUUGAUCUUGAAUAAACCAGAUAAUCCACCUAUGACCUAGAAAGUACAGACCGCAGCCCUAACACAAUAAACUUAACGAUGUGUUAUUCCUAAUCCACUUAGGAUUGCAUCAUAAACAAAGGACAAACCCAAAUAAAGAUGGCUGCCAACCGUCAGCAAAACACAACCAAAAGUCAUAGAAAUUCAUAACUAAUCUCACCAAACCAAAAUUUCAAAGUCUUCCCUAUCUAAUACGCCAUCCAAAGGGAUGAGAUUAGAUGCUAACCCUUAUAAGGGUUAGCACCGUGAUAACUAGCAAAAAACGCUACUAAAAAUAACGAAAUCAUUACGGAUUAUUAUAAAAUCAAUACAACAUCUAAGCUAAAUCACUACUAAUUCAAACUAGUAGUAGUUUUUCCCUUAAUUAGGACGGUGCUAACUAUUGUACAAUUAGCACCGUAACCGCUCCCCAUCAAAAAGAUUGUUCUUCAACACCCACUUUCCAAUUCAGCUUGACUACUAAAUGAUACAGCCGUAUAUAUAACACACAUAAAACAAUCCUAAACCUCCUUUACUUUCCUUCCUUCCUUCCUCGAAACUCCUUCUUCAACCAUGGCGACACCAACUAGAACUCCAAAUUGACCCCCCAAACCACCGCAACCCCGAAAACAAACAGGAAACUAUGAACACAGCCGAGGAAAUCGCCUACAAUUUCUUCCUCUCCCUUCUCGCCAUCAUCAUCAUCUUCCUCAACAUCGCCCUCUUACUCUCCUGCCGCAAAAACCCAUCCCCUGAAACCGAACCCGAACUCGAAGAUUCCUCCCCCGCCGCCGCAAAAGCCAGAGCAUACCAACUCUCCGACAUCGACGCCGCCACCGACGGAUUCAACCCACUUCGAAUCAUCGGCCAAGGAUCCUCCGGCACCGUCUACGCCGCCGUAUUCCCCGGCGACGACGACCUCGUCGCCGUCAAGAGAAUUCACCCAUCCCUCGUCCUACUCAACGCCGGCGGAUUCGAAUUCUCCUCUGUAAUCAAAACCCUGUCCUCCGCCCACCACCCAAACAUCGCCCCUGUCCUCGGAUUCUCCCAAGCCCCCGGAGAAAGAAUCGUCGUCAUGGAGUUCAUCGGAAUUCAGAAUCUGAAUCACCUCCUGCACGAAUCCCCCGACGGAGCCUCGCUCCUCGACUGGCGCCGGCGACUGACAAUCGCCGCCGGCGUAGCCAGAGGAAUCGAGUAUUUACACGAGCGGAUGUCGGCGCCCGGCGGGACGAUUCACGGCUGCGUGAAGCCGUCGAAGGUGUUGAUUGACGAGAGAUUCAGGGCCAAGGUGUGCGAUUACGGGAUCCGGUUCAAUGGGAGGAGGAGAGGGAUUGUGGGUUAUGUCGAUGCGGAGUACUGGAACAGGGGAGCUUCGAAGGAGAGCGACGUUUAUGGGUUCGGGGUGGUUUUGUUGGAGCUUCUGACCGGGAGGAAGUCGGAGGAAGGGCUGCUGGUGAAAUGGGCGGUGCCGUUGUUGAAGGAGAUGAGAUUCGGCGAAGUUUUGGAUCCAAGAUUGGUCGCGCCGAGCGAUAUGAAGAUGAUCGUCAGGUUGGGGAAGGUCGCGUCGGCUUGUGUUGGUAACUGUAGGAUGAGUCGGCCGACGAUGGUUCAGGUGGCCGCCAUUCUCAACUGUCUCGAGCUAGAUCACGACAGGUUCGGGUUCGAUUGAUCGUUUUUUUAUGGUGUCAUUCAGUCAAUCCAUCAAUCAUCGUCGUGUUGUUUCUUUUGAUCGUAGUAUUAUUAGGCAGAUUCUUUGUGUAUUAAAUUUGUAUAGAAAAGGUGAGGAUGGAAAUUAGAAUGGAGGGAGAAUUAUGAAUGGGAAUGGAAGAAAAUGAUGAAUAGUUUGGUGGGGCGGUGGAAUUAUUCUUGGGCGGCGGCUAAAUCUAUGGGGUUUUUGUUUUUGGGAGGGACCAAGAUUGUUUUUUCAAUCCUGUAGCCAUAGAUUAUUCUUAAGGUUGUCAAUUUGUUUUGUCUUCAUGAUUAGCUAGUGAUUGCUUCAUCAUUGAAGUAAAUUGGCUUCCUUUUA